AUGGCGGCGGUGCUGAGCGCGGAGCGCCUGGAGGUGUCGGUGGACGGCCUGACGCUGAGCCCCGACCCGGAGGAGCGGCCGGGCGCGGAGGGCGCCCCGCUGCUGCCGCCGCCGCGGCCGCCGCCCUCGCCGCCCGGGGCCGGCCGGGGCCCGAGCGCCGCGGGGAGGCAGCCGGAGCCCGGGGCGGCGGCGGGGGGCGCGGCGGAGGAGGCGCGGCGCCUGGAGCAGCGCUGGGGCUUCGGGCUGGAGGAGCUGUACGGCCUGGCGCUGCGCUUCUUCAAAGAAAAAGAUGGCAAAGCAUUUCAUCCAACUUAUGAAGAAAAGCUGAAGCUUGUGGCACUGCAUAAGCAGGCUCUUUUGGGCCCAUAUAAUCCAGACACUUGUCCUGAGGUCGGAUUCUUUGACGUGCUGGGGAACGACAGGAGGAGAGAGUGGGCGGCGCUGGGAAACAUGUCCAAAGAGGACGCCAUGGUGGAGUUUGUCAAGCUCCUGAACAGGUGCUGCCACCUCUUCUCCACAUACGUCACCUCCCACAGGAUCGAGAAGGAAGAGCAAGAGAAGAAGAGGAAGGAGGAGGAGGAGCGCAGGCGGCGAGAAGAGGAGGAAAGAGAACGGCUGCAGAAGGAGGAAGAGAAACGCCGGAAAGAGGAGGAGGAGAGGCUCAGGAGGGAGGACGAAGACAGGAGGCGGCUGGAGGAGGAGAGGCUGCGGCUGGAGCAGCAGAAGCAGCAGAUAAUGGCGGCUUUGAACUCGCAGACGGCCGUGCAGUUCCAGCAGUACGCCGCCCAGCAGUACCCGGGCAACUGCGAGCAACAGCAGAUCCUGAUCCGCCAGCUGCAGGAGCAGCACUAUCAGCAGUACAUGCAACAGCUGUACCAGGUCCAGCUCGCCCAGCAGCAGGCGGCAUUACAGAAGCAGCAGGAGGUAGCAGUAGCGGGGGCUGCUUCGCCCACAUCCGCGAAAAUGAAUGCGGCUGGACCCAGCGAUAUGACGUCAGUUAACGGACAGGCCAGAACCCACACUGACAGCUCCGAGAAAGAGCUGGAGCCCGAAGCCGCCGAAGAAGCGCUGGAGAAUGGACCAAAAGACUCUCUUCCAGUAAUAGCUGCUCCCUCCAUGUGGACGCGCCCCCAGAUCAAAGACUUUAAAGAGAAGAUCCGGCAGGACGCGGACUCGGUGAUCACGGUGGGCCGAGGAGAGGUGGUCACCGUCCGCGUGCCCACCCACGAAGAAGGAUCCUAUCUCUUCUGGGAAUUUGCGACAGACAGUUACGACAUUGGGUUUGGGGUGUAUUUUGAAUGGACAGACUCGCCGAACACGGCUGUCAGCGUGCAUGUCAGUGAAUCCAGCGAUGACGAGGAGGAGGAAGAAGAAAACAUCACUUCUGAAGAGAAAGCCAAAAAGAACGCCAACAAGCCCGUGCUGGAUGAGAUUGUGCCUGUGUACCGGCGGGACUGUCACGAGGAGGUGUACGCCGGCAGCCACCAGUACCCAGGGAGAGGAGUCUACCUCCUCAAGUUUGACAACUCCUACUCUUUGUGGAGGUCAAAGUCAGUCUACUACAGAGUCUACUAUACGAGAUAA